AUGUACGAUAUCUCUCCUGACAGAAGCAUCAACAUCUUCCACUGUCUGACGGAGAUGAACGACCACUCAGUACAUCAGGAGAUCCAAGAGUUCCUGUCAGAGAACAGAUCAGAGAAGAAACUCUCUGAGAUCCACUGCUCAGCUCUGGCCUACAUGCUGCAGAUGUCAGAGGAGGUUCUGGAUGUGUUGGACCUGCAGAAGUACAACACAUCAGAGGAGGGACGACAGAGACUGAUUCCAGCUGUGAGGAACUGCAGAAAGGCUCGACUUUCUGGCUGUGAACUCUCAUCCAUGCAUUGUAACAUUGUGGCUUCGGCUUUAAAGUCCAACCCCUCCCACUUAAGAGAGCUUGACCUGAGCAACAAUUAUCUGGGGAAUUCAGGAGUGAAGCUGCUGUCUGACGGACUGGAGAGUCCACACUGUAGACUGGAGACUCUGAGACUUUGUAACUGUGAAAUAACAGGGUGCGGCUCUGCUUUUCUGGCCUCAGCUCUAAAGUCCAACCCCUCCCAUUUGAGAAAGCUGGACCUGAGUGACAACAAGCUGCAGGAUUCAGGAGUGAAGCAGCAGUGUGAUUUUAUAGAGAGUCCACAAUGUAGACUGGAGACUCUGAGACUGAGGCGCUGUCAUUUGUCAGAGAUCAGCUGUGCUUCUCUGGCUUCAGCUUUGAAAUCCAACCCCUCUCAUCUGAGAGAGCUGGACCUGAGUAAAAAUAAGCUGGAGGAUUCAGGAGUGAAGAUGCUGUGUGAUUUUCUGGAGAGUCCACACUGUAGACUGGAGACUCUGAGGCUUCAAAGGUGUGAGCUAUCAGAGAUUGGCUGUGCUUCUCUGGCCUCAGCUCUGAAGUCCAACCCCUCCCAUCUGAGAGAGCUGAAGUUGAGUAACAACAACCUGCAGGAUUCAGGAGUGAAGCUGCUGUCUGCUGGACUGGAGAGUGUACACCAUAGACUGGAGACUCUGAGGGUGGAUGGCAGAGAAAACAAGGCCACACCUGACAGACAUGAAGGACAUCCGUCUGAGGACGCCAGAGAGGAUCAGCUGUGUCCUGAUGAUCCAGAGAGGUUGAAGCAGCAGCAGCUUCUGUGUGGAGAGGCUCUGAAUACAAAGGAGAAGUUAAGUUUCACACCUGACCUGCUGACUGACUCUGGAAAGACUUCAUACAGGUUCAGGUGUCCUGGUCCAGGUGUGUUCCAGUGUACUUUGACUGGACUGAUGUUUGGUAUGACUCAGGAGGCGGAGCUGCUGUACCGGACUGUCCAAUGGGAUGAGAGCCUCCUCCAAUCAGCUGGCAAGACGGCGGCAGGGCUGCUGUUCAGUAUCAAGUGUCCUGAGGAUGCUGUCUGUCAGCUCCACCUGCCGCACUGUGAAACAAAGGACGCUCUGCUGCCUGACGGUCUGCUGUCUGUCGUCCACAUCACUGAUGAUGGAAUGAGCAUCCUCGAGCCGCUGGAGAUUACAGACACUCAUGUGGUUGUCAAAGUCCCUCACCUCUCUCUAUUUGGCCUGGUCUGGACUUAUGUUAAGAGGUUGUGGAGCAAACCAGUUUGCGGCCAAGUUCUGCUGUUCCUCGGACCACCGAACCCAAGAACACAGAGGCAGAUCCUAAAUGUGCUUCUGCUGCCGAACAACAUCCAUCUGGAGGAGGUCAGCAAACAACAGCAGCCCUGUAAGAACAUAAAGACUGCUUCUAAAUGCAAACUCAUCAAAGAUGAAAGUUACACUCUUCUCUGUCCUCAGGCCAUCAAAAUUCAGCCUACGAGAGCAGAUUUUGACCUGGAAUUUGGACCAAAUUACCAUCCAACAUUUGAGAUCCGCCUGCCGACAAACACAGAAGAAGCGACUUUAACAGUCCGAGACCAGAGACAGACAGAGGUCUGGAAGCGUGAAGUUGAUCUAACAGAUUCAAGAAGAGAAACUCCACAGAGCAGGGUCCCGGGAGAGGACAGGGUCCCAGCAGAGGAGAGGGUCCCGGCAGAGGAGAGGGUCCCAGCAGAGGACAGGGUCCCAGCAGGGGACAGGGUCCCAGGAGAAGAGAGGGUCCCAGCAGGGGACAGGGUCCCGGCAGGGGACAGGGUCCCGGCAGGGGACAGAGUCUCAGCAGGGGACAGGAUCCCAGCAGAAGAGAGGGUGCCAGCAGAGGACAGGGUCCCAACAGGGGACAGGGUCCCAGCAGAAGAGAGGGUCCCAGCAGGGGACAGGAUCCCAGCAGAAGAGAGGGUCCCGGCAGGGGACAGGAUCCCGGCAGGGGACAGGAUCCCGGCAGGGGACAGGGUCCCAGCAGAGAAGAGACUGCUCUUAGUUCGGACAGAGUUUCUGAACAGAGUCUCUGAACCUGUUCUGAACCAGCUUCUGGAUAAACUCCUUGAGCAUCAUGUUAUAAACGAUGAAGAAAUCCAGUCAGUCAGAACAAAAGUCAGAGCAGAAAAAGCCCGAGACGUGAUCGACACAGCUCGAAGAAAGGGACCUGAAGCCAGUUCAGUCCUGAUCGCUGCUCUCUGUCAGGUGGAUCUAUGCCUUUCCAGAGUGCUGAACUUCAGAUGAAGCGAAAGAAAGAAUCUGUGAUGAUGAACCAGCUGUUUUACAGUCUCAGGUUAUUUAUUGUAAUCUUUGAAUCUGGAGUUGUGCUGUGUUUUCAAUAAGUGACUGUGAAAGCAUCACAUGUGAUGGAGCUAAACUUGGACUACACUGGAUCAUCUCCUCAAACAUGAACUACAAGACACAGAUGCUGAUUCUGUUUUUAACAAAUGUCACAAAACAGAAUCAUUUUUUGACAAAUGUGUGAAAGAAAAUAAUGUGUUACAACUUUGGAGAUCACUGCUACUUUUUAGUGAUAUGUCUCAAUGGGAUUUGAUUCCACGUAGUAUCUUUAUGGUUUCACAUAGUAGCAAUUGUAAGUCUCUCUGGAUAAAUGUAAAAUGUGAUGUUGUAUAUUUACAACAAAAAACAAAGUCAGGAAAGGGCCAAUUGAAUCAGAAGGUUAUUAAGAAUUAAAACUCAGCAUCUUUCCACUGAGUUUAAAACCACGACCUGAAGGGGACCCGUGUUCAGCUGAGAGCUGACAGAAACAUCUGCAGAUGACUUUAUUCUGGAGGAGAGGACAGGACAAAAGCACUGGAAUAAUUUGUUUGUAGGAAGAUAAGCUUUCCUGUAUUUUAUAUAUGGUAAUUAUUUCCCAGCAGGAUUUUUGUCUGAUAGACAAGCGAAACUAAUGGAAUUCAGUUAAUAUGAACACUGAUCUAGUUUAAAGUCUGUACCUGAACAGGCCUCCUUUAAACAGGCGUCUGGUUUGUUUUAUUGUGAAAGCAGUGAGCGGAAGUCACGUGGUUAGUGUUGCCUGACUUGAUGGUGUUUCUGAGAGGAAACUUGCUGCAGACAGACCUUUUUAUCUUCAGUCUGUGAGACACACGGAGGUUUCUGAGUGUCUCUGCAGCUGCGGUCAGAACUCCGCCUGAAAUCCUGCAGAUUUAACCACAGCGGCUAACUGAGCUGCAGCCCGGUGGGACGUUCUGAUUGGACAAAGACGUGAACAGAUUACAGAAAAUAUAAUAUCUGAGAAACAAUACGGCUGCUCUUUAUUGCUGUGUGUAUGGGCUGGUGUUGCUAUCUUUGGGAGGACCAGAUUCAAAGUAUCGUAGUGAGCACGGAGUGUGGGUUUUAAGGUUCAGGUUAGAUCCAGGUUUAGGAUUUGGUGCUAGGGAACCUAUAAUGUCAAUGAGUCAUAA